GCGACCUAGUCCGAUUUUCACAAACGGGAGAACAAAUACGAAGAGACAAACAUAUAAUUUAUUCGAGACUCGCGGAAUCGAUGCGUCUGCUAGUCUCCCGUUUAUUCGCUGUUUCGUAUUUUUAAACCAUUUUUAUCAUUUCAAUUUUCUCGUAUCAUGUCGACAAACGCUCUCCGAUCGCAAUAUCUUAAUGAAUUAAAAAAUAUCAGAAAACAAUGCAUGUCUGCAAAUAAAGAAAAUAUGCAAGUGCAAAAAGGUAACAGUCAUGCCAAAGAUAAAAAUAACCGUAAACAUAAAGGAUUAUCAUUAAAAGUGAAAAAUUCUCUGCCAAAUUCUACAACACAAAUGCAAAAAUCUUUUUUGGGUGAAACCAAAUUUAAAAUUCAUUACGAUAAUGAGGAACAUUCCAGAUCACGCCCGCGUGUGCGAAAAGACACAUCCCAUACGACUAAUUCGUACAGAACACGUUCUUCAAGCAACUCUCAAAAUAGAAUUCCUUCAGACAAGGAAAACAAUAUGAACAACAAAUUACUUCAGAGAUCUCGUUCUGAAAGUAGAAACAUUCCGCCGCAGAAUGCACAAUGCGUUAGAAGAGCAUCGUCACACGCACAUAUUCCGAAAACCAAUUGUCUUUCAGCUGAAGUUAAAAGGCGAACAUUUACAAGCAUUGAGAUGUGGAAAGACAAAAUGAGGAAGCCAUCCACUGGUACCGUGCCUAAAAACUUGGCGGGCAAAUAUCCUAAUAUAAACAUAGAUAAAGUCCAUACUAAAAUCAAGCAACGAAAAAAUUCUAUCACUGAAUCUAUCAAAGCUCUGUCUCAAAGAACAUCGAGUCUUCAAUCCGAGAUAGAUCGGCUAAAGCAAAAUCAUAAUAUCAAGGACUCGACAUUUUCUUUGAAGACUGUAACCAAGUUUUUAUCAAGCGAAGGUUUAUCAAAUGUGCAAGAUAAAAAUUUAUUAAAUGCACGAAUUAAUUUUAAUACAAGCACAAACAAUAUUGUUAAAACUGAUAAACAAAAUUAUCAAUUGAAUAUUGUAUUUGGAGCAAACGUUUCUGUGAAUUCCAUAACACCUCUAGAUAGUUCUUUGGUUCCACCAAUAACUCCGACAAAAGUUCGUUACUUAAAACGUGAGGAGGCGCAUAAUAGUGCGAAAUUAUUGGUCAAAAAAGAAGUUCCCGAAGAUAUUUAUCCGUAUGAGUAUGACUAUUUGGAAGAUGUGCCACAAAUGGAACGCGAAAGGGAGGACAAUGCUCCCAAAUUGUCUUUUCGUUUUUUGAAGCAAAGCGUAAACGCAGAUCAAAGAAGAAUCAUCGUAGGAUAUUUGAUUCGUCUUGGAGUACACUGUCAGUACUCGUCGAAUAUUAUUUAUCAAACUGUCAAGCUAUUCGAUAUCACUAUUGACAGAAUUUUGAUAGAGACAGAUAACAUUCAGUUAAUGGCUUUAGCAUGUCUGUGGAUAACUCUCAAGCGAGAAUUAACUAGUUAUAAAAUACCAUCGGCGACUACGGUAGUGAAAAUGGCGAAGGAUUUAUAUACAGACCAGGAGAAAAAUUUAUUAAACUAUGAGAAAAAGAUUAUUUUAGCUGUCAAAUUCAAUUUUAGAUUCGCCGAUCCCUACUCAUUGCUUUUCUAUUAUAUAGUAGAUGUGACACAAGAUAAGAAGUGUAAUAUUAAUUCAAGAAAUAUUCCACGCAUUUACUUUUGCGGUAGUUACUUGCUGGAUGUAUCUAUGUUAGAUGAAAAUUUGUGUGAUCGAUCAGUAUGUGUUCUGGCCAUUGCUGCGGCUGAAUUAUCGCUUUACGCUGUUUAUUCUGAUAAUAUUGUAUCUGAUAAUAUAUAUAAAUGGUGCAAAUUAUGGAGACAAAAGUAUUCGCUCACAGAAUGUGAAGAGAUGGCAAUGAGUUUUACAAAACAGAUUAUAAUACGUCAGGCUGUGGAAUCUGAUAAAUUUGGAUCAAAUAUUGUCUACAAAAAAUAUUUGCGUAGUAAGCACGGAAGAGUUUCCACUUUUCUUCUUGAUAAAAUGAGAAAAGCUUUUAUAUCUAGAGACACUAUUAAAUUAUAAUACAAGCAAUUUUUUUUAAAAGAUUAUUAGAUAAGAGAUAAAGAGAUAUUAAAUAUUAAAUUGUAUAAAUAUUGAUUUG